AUUUAUCACAGCUCGUGCUACAUUUCUCCUGCGUUGCAUUGCCUCUCACUUAGAAUUCCCAUAGGUGCCAUUCUACAUUACCGCGGCUAGACUUCACAAACACCUCUACUUACAUCUACAAAGCUUCCCGUCGCCCGUCAUAGACUCCCAUACUUAGUAUCGGAUUCUAGAUUUUCCUCGUACUUGCUUCCAUUGCAACUAGCGAGCUUUCGAUACCUAGUCCCUAGACCACUAAGGUCUACCAACAUGUCUCCGACCGACGAGAGCGAAUCUUCCUCCACCAGCGACCGCCGGUUGCUCCUAAUCUCGAACCGACUUCCCAUCACGAUAAAACGGAAAGAUGAAGGGAGCUACGACUUUUCCAUGUCUUCGGGCGGUCUAGUAACGGGGUUGAGCGGAUUAAGCAAGACAACAAGCUUCCAAUGGUAUGGUUGGCCUGGCCUGGAAGUUCCCGAAGCCGAGAUACCUGUUGUCAAGCAACAGCUAAAAGAACAAUACAACGCACACCCCAUCUUUGUCGAUGACGAGCUUGCGGAUAGACAUUACAAUGGGUUUUCUAAUUCUAUCCUAUGGCCGUUAUUCCACUAUCACCCCGGCGAGAUUACCUUCGACGAGAAUGCUUGGGCGGCGUACAAGGAGGUCAACAGACUUUUCGCUAAAACAGUUCUGAAAGAUGUUCAAGAUGGAGAUUUGAUCUGGGUACAUGACUACCACCUAAUGCUUCUACCCGAAAUGCUGCGCAACGAACUAGGCGAUCGAAAGGAUAUUAAAAUCGGGUUCUUCCUCCACACCCCAUUCCCUAGCAGCGAAAUCUACCGAAUCCUCCCCGUUCGCGAAGCCUUGCUCGAAGGUCUCUUACAAUGCGACCUCAUCGGUUUCCACACUUACGACUACGCUCGUCACUUCCUUAGCUCUUGCUCACGCAUUCUAGAGGCACCUACCACACCCAACGGCGUUGAAUACAAAGAGAAGUUUGUGACGGUGGGGGCGUUCCCUAUCGGAAUAGACCCGGAUAAAUUCGUUGAAGGUCUGAAGAAACCCAAGGUACAGGAGCGGAUCGCCGCUCUAUCUCGCAAAUUCGAGGGCGUAAAGUUGAUCGUGGGUGUCGACCGUCUCGAUUACAUCAAAGGUGUCCCGCAGAAGCUGCACGCGCUUGAGGUAUUCCUGACAGAACACCCUGAAUGGAUUGGCAAGAUUGUGCUAGUCCAGGUAGCCGUACCCUCGCGACAAGACGUCGAAGAAUACCAGAACCUCAGAGCGGUCGUCAAUGAACUCGUGGGAAGAAUUAAUGGUAGAUUCGGUACGGUCGAAUUCAUGCCAAUUCACUUCUUGCAUCAGAGUGUUCAAUUCGACGAGCUUUGCGCCUUAUACGCGGUUUCCGAUGUCUGUCUCGUCAGCUCCACGCGAGAUGGAAUGAACCUUGUCUCGUACGAAUACAUCGCUACCCAGCAGAACCGUCACGGUGUCAUGAUCCUCUCCGAAUUUACAGGUGCCGCGCAGUCGCUCAACGGUAGUUUGAUAGUGAACCCCUGGAACACCGAGGAACUUGCGAACGCGAUCCACGAUGCAGUCACCAUGUCCCCCGAGAUGCGCGAAGCCAAUUUCCGUAAACUGGAGAGAUACGUCUUCAAAUACACGUCGGCAUGGUGGGGCCAGAGCUUCGUCAACGAGUUGACUAAAGUGAGUAGCGCACAUAGUCACGGAGUCGAUCGUAAAGCCGGCCCAGACGGGCGACCGGUGCUGAGUAACGACGUUGGUCGGGCAUUAUCGGGUGUCUUUGAGAGCGUGAAGGCGGCUACUAGUGCGGCUGCCCCGUCUGGAAGUGCCCUAGGCUUGCUGAAGUAAGGGAUAAUGGAUCUGUUAAGAGGUUGGGGAAUUAUACC